UACAAGAAACAAAACAUUUUAUUUCCACGACUAUGAAUUUAAAUGAGAUGUUUAGGGGCGUGAGGCUACAUUACCGGUGCGCAAUUACUGUUGAGGUAACAGAUCGACUUGCACAGCGUGGGUGAUACUGAAAAUGGCACCUAUUUCGACCAGUGGCAAUGACGAGGGAUUCUGGGGCGAAGCAACCUCCACGAUCGAUUGGUGCGAGGAAAACUAUGCUGUAACAUCAUACCUGGCGGAGUUCUGGAACACCAUAAGCAACUGGGUUUUUUUAAUUCCACCCUUUUUUGGAGCAGUUUUAACAUGGGAGUAUAACAUAGAGAGAAGAUACACUUUGGCCUUUGUAUCAUUGCUAGUUAUAGGAAUAGGAUCAUCAUGUUUUCAUGCGACUCUGUUGUAUGAAAUGCAGCUACUUGAUGAGCUUCCAAUGAUUUAUGGAACUUGUGUGUUGAUAUUCUGCAUUUGUCAUUGUUCUCAUCGUCCACGGGAUCACAACCAAACUCUUACAUUAUGCCUUAUUGUCUGUUGUGCCAUGAUCACUUUGGUAUAUUUGACUGUUAUAAACCCACUAAUAUUUCAGUGGGCAUAUGGUAUUCUGGUAGCUACGCUUGUUAUCAAAACUGGUAUGGCUUGUAGAAAACACAAAGGUUCAAAGAAACUUUUGUUCAUAUCGCUUGCAAGCUAUGCUAUUGGAUUUAUGCUUUGGAACAUUGACAAUAACUUCUGUCCAUCUGUAAGAGAAAUAAGAAAUUUAGUGUUUGCACCUAUUAGACCUUUCACACAGCUGCAUGCAAUAUGGCACACUUUGGCUGCCAUAGGAUCAUAUUAUCAUGUUCUUUUCAGCAUAGAUCUCAGGUUACGGUGUCUUGGAAGAGUAACACAUCUCAAGAUCUUUCAUGGAUGGCUUCCAUUUGUUUAUGUGUCGCGGGAAUCCUUUGAAAAAGAUGUUCUUCCAACAGUGACCCAUAAUGCUGCAAUUUUUCUUUUGUUAUUUGGUCUGAUUGUGAAGGUGUUGAAGUAACUUAACAAUAUAAAUUGAAGGGAGCAUGGAAAAAAGCCUCAAGGGAGUGCUGAUUGUCUGCUAGAUUCUCCUUCCAAAUUGUCUGGUUUUUCUAGAUGAACUGUUAGGAGAAUCUGAAGUUGCUAUAAGAGUUACUUAUAGGGCCUUUUUCCUCACACCCAUUCAAAUCUUGUAAACUUUCAGUGAUAGUAUAUACUUGCUUGGGUAACAUAUUGAAUAAGUUAUUAAGUUAAGUACAUUCCCUCUAAAUCCCCCCCCCCCCCUUUUUAAUAACAUCUAUAAUGAAAUACACAGAAAUUCAAGGGUUUGCUUAUGUCUGAUUAAUAAUAAUUAAUGAUUAAUUUAAAAUAAAUGUGGUGAGGCAAAUCAAAAAUUUAAAAUUGAUAUCAUUGGUAGGGGAUAUAUUAUCCCUCAAUUAUAUAUUAAGGAUUAUAUAUUAAGGAGCAGUUAAGAGCUAAUAUUUUUGGUCUCCAAAUUUUCCUUCUUCCUUCAGUGAUCUCAACAAGUAAGAAUUCGAAUAUGUAAAAUUGAUCUUUUGAUGGCAAUUAUCAAAAAUAGGCAAACAAAAUAUAUGUACUAAUCAAAACACUUAGUUUGGUUGACUUUUCUUGGUGCCAAGUCUCCAGUGAAACAUUUUCAAAAUUCACAAGCUUGAUUCUUCAUUGGCACCUACUUUAAUUUCUUAAUUAGUUUUCCAUCUUUUAGCCAAACCAAUAGGCUUCCAGUAAGUAGUUAAUUGCUUAUAAUAUAUUAAAGUAACCUUGUAUUUGUGAUAAAUUGUCUUUAGUAACAUGUAAAAUGUCUCAAGUUUGUGGCACAUAAUGUGGUAUAUAAUGUAAUGUAUGUUUCAAGUUGAAAUUAGACAAUCAUUUUAUUAAAGGGAGGAUUAAGGGUGAGAUAUUUUACUAAAGGGCUAAUUUUUGAUAAAUUGCAGAGUUUGUAUAGAGGGUGAAAAUUUUUGCAUCAAAUUUAGGGAUAAUUUUUGACAAGUUUUCAUAAUUAUGGGUAAUCAAGCAUUGAUUAUAAAUGAGAAUAUUUCAAUCAAAUAGUGGACAGUCAAAUACAAUUCUCUUGUGCUAUUUUCCAAUGCCAGUAAUACAGUAGAAACAAGCCUUUAAAGAAUAAAACAAGAAUGUAAUUCUAUUAUAGAACUUAUUACACUAAAAGUUUGAAGUGACCCCAAAAGUGUGUUUAAGAAAGAUUUGUUGAUAGGUUGGUAAGUUUAUUUCCAGCAAGUAAAAAGCAUCAUGCAGUUAACCACAAGUAUAUGUUAUUUUUAUUGUCUUUUCUCUUCAAAAAACUAAAUUUUCUGUUAAUGUUUUGCUUUGUUUAAAUAUUUUAAAUAUUUAUUGUCUCCCUUGCAACAUGAAGUAGGACACUUUAACAGUUAUGUUGUAAGUAUUUUAUCAUUGAGGCUGUAAUAAAGUAUGGUGCAAUUGUAUCAUUAUUUAUUGUACACAAGAGUGGCUGCCAUUGUUCUAGAAAAGUAUUAAAG